AUGGGAAGAAUUCGACGUUCAAGAACACACAAAGGAAACAAAGAUCACUCUAAAAAAUACCGGACAAGAAAAUACACAAAAGAUCUUGAUCAAAUCCAUGAUGACCUCUUAAAACUCGAAGGAAAAAACAGUAGCGAGAAGCUACAUCAAGGACAGGAACAACCACCACACGAUAUAGACCCGGACCUUCCCGGUCUCGGGCAGCAUUACUGUAUAGCUUGCGCGCGAUACUUUAUUGACGCCAAUGCACUCACCGAGCAUUACCGUGGAAAAUGGUUAAUACAUGUUUUGAAUCUUGCUAAACACAUCCAUUCCGCGCUUUCUGCAUAUUCUCCUUGUGACUCUGAUAGGAUUAAAUUGCUUAAAGAAGCACCUUAUACGCAAGUAGAAGCAGAAGCUGCUGUCGGAUUAACUACAGAGAACGUACGAGUUAGACUUAUGGACGAAAUUGUUGUAUAA